AUACGAUGCUCGUGGCUACUGCAAUGCGUGCACAGUGGUUGCUGGAAUAGCCGGUUUUCAACUGUUCUCUGUGUAGACAUCAUCCUUUGAUCUUCAGCGACUGAACACUCGAGGACCAUGAAGAGCAAUUCGAGUCUUUACUCGAGAAUAAUCACGACGACAUUCUAUUUGCACGCUGUUCUCCUACUUCUCCUUCCAUCGAGGACCGCUGGGUUGGAAGAGAACUGCACGGACUUCCAGGGGGCGAUCGUUCGACAUGGUCUCCUCUAUGUGCCAGGGCCUGCGGUUUGCAGUCUCUGCGUUUGCUAUCAUUCGGAGCCGAUGUGGUGUAAGGCGAUCUUCUGCACGCCGCCCUACAGAUGUAAGAAUUAA